AUGACAGAUUUUCCAGAAAUAUCUUCAACCCUUUCAUCGUCAACAUUGACAUCAAAUUCGGCGUCAGUAGAUUUAUUAGAUCCAGCAGCCGAUUUUUUAGCAAGAGAACAAGCAAUUUUAGGUGAAGAUGCGGCUUUUGCUAUUGAUUACUCGGCUUUUAAUGAUGAAUUUCCACCAUUGGAAAAUAGCGAUCUUAAUAACAAUAUUAUUAAUGGUGGUUCAUCAUUUGAAGAAGAAGAAACAGAAUUUAUCAAACAUUGGAGAGAGGAACAAAGAGAAGUUAUCGCUAGGCGUGAUGAAGAAUCUGAAGAAAAAAAACAAGAAACUAUUAAUAAAGCACGUGAAGAUAUUGAUAAAUUUUAUGAUGAAUAUAAUGAAAAAAAAGCCCGUUCGCAUGAAGAAAAUAAAGAUGACAUUACUUCAGGAACUGCUUGGGGACGUAUUUGUAAACAAGUUGAUCUUUCAACUGCACAAAGUAAGAGUGGAAGUAAACAUGUUAAAGAUGUAUCCAGAUUCAAGGAAUUACUUUUAAGUUUAAAGAGAGAUGAAAAUGCUCCUGGGUCAGGUGGUUACUAA